AUGACAAACAAAUUAGUGAGCAAUUCACUUGAUCUGAGAAAACAAUAUGCAAACGAUGCUGAAGACGAUGAUUGGGAUACUGAUUCCGAUUUUGUUAAUACAAAUAAUAUCGAUAAUUCAAAACAAACCAAAGUAAAUGAGCCAGUAGGUGUUAGAGCAAGUGUAAUUGGUAGAGAUUUACUUCAAAAGAAUGCACCUGCAGACAAAGUACCUGUACAAGCAUCAAAAUCAACAACACAAUCACUACCUAAAUUCCAUGCAUACUAUGGUGGAGGUGAUGGUGGCGCCGCUGCACCACCUCAACAAUCUUCAAAGCCAGCACCAUCUAAACCAGCACCAAAACCAGCAGCAGCAGCAGCAGCACCAUCUACCACCUCUUCUUAUUCUUCACCAGCACCAGCAGCUAAACCAACACCAGUUGCUGUACCUAUUUCACAACCAGUAAAACCACCUCCAGUAGCUGCCAAAUUCACUCAACCAACUCCACCACCAGUCAAAGCUGCAGCAGCAACCCCUCCACCAAAGGUGGCUCCCAAACCAAUCGUGUCAAAGUUUGUUCAAGAAGACUACAAACCAGAGCCAACCCCUGCUCCAGUGCCUGUCAAAAAAGCACCACCUCCACCUCCAAAACGUAGUGCAGAACCAGAACCAGAACCAGAAACAUAUGACGAUCAACAAAGCUAUGAUCAACAGGGUUAUGAUCAACAAGGCUAUGACCAACAAGGUUAUGACGAUCAACAAAGCUAUGACCAAGGAUAUGAUCAACAGGGUUAUGAUCAACAAGGGUAUGACCAACAAGGUUAUGACGACCAACAAGGCUAUGACCAACAAGGUUAUGACCAACAGGGUUACGACCAAGGAUAUGAUGACCAAGCAGCAGCCUCUUAUCCACAAGCCGAAGCACUAUAUGAUUACGCAGCUCAACAACCAGAUGAUUUAUCAUUCUAUGCAGGUGACAUUAUCAAUAUCUAUGAUAGUAGUGAUGCAGGAGGUUGGUGGUAUGGUGAAUGUCAAGGCCAAACUGGUAAUUUCCCUUCAUCAUAUGUCAAACUACUCUAA